UGCCAAGGACAAGAAGGUGUUUUUUUAAACUUCAUUCCCAAUUGUGUUGACGUUCCCAUUCCCACACAUUCUCACUUCUUUCAGCCUUGCUUGGUGACAUGAACGGAAAUCUAGGGGAAUCGUAACGUACGUUGUUGGUGACAGUGAACGGUCUAAACAAUUCGUAAAGGGAACCGACAUGUGUUUCGUGUGGUGAGGUUUUGGGCGUUGACGCGAAAGUAAAAACCAACAUCAAGUGAGGGUAGUCAAGAUGAAGAAACGCAGCCUGGCCGGCAACUUUGCAGUUGGCACGUUUGUCUUGACGCUUGUAUGCAUAUUUGUGGCAUUCUGUGCACCUGCAUGGCUUGUGAGUGACCCUCGCAUCACAGGAGCCAACCUUGAUCGUCUUGGCUUAUGGUCGCAUUGUUUUCGCUCCCUACCAGAUCCUCAGGACAGUUAUCAGAGGAGGUUCUUUGUGGGAUGUAGAUGGGUCUAUGAUCCAUUCACCACGGGUUAUGAUGAAAUCAGAGGCUUCCUCUUGCCACCGUUCAUGAUAGCGACACAGUUUUUCUUCACACUGUGCUUCAUCUGUGUCCUGAUCUCACUGAUCCUUGUCCUGAUUUUCUUCCUCUGUUGUGGACCAGAACAGAAACAUUUUGUGCUUAUCUGCACGAUCAUCAGUGGCUUGCUUCUGACAGCUGGUCUCACUGGUGGUAUUGCUGUAAUAGUGUUUGCCUGUCUUGGAAACACUGAUGGGUGGAUGCCAGGUCAUGCAAAUAAUUUCUUUGGCUGGGCCUUUGGGCUGGGUGUGGCAGGAGUUGCGAUGGCGUUCAUAUCUGGAACGCUGUUCCUUGUCGAAGCAAGAAUUCAACGAAAGAAGAGAGAGUAUCUCAAAGAAUCUCAAACAAGAUUUGACAUGGAGCAGGAAUCAAAAGCAUAGGGACAUAUCAUAUGGCAAGAGGAAAUUGAAUCUUAUGUUAUUUAUGUGUGUCCACAUUGGUUAUGUCCGUCCAGCAGAAUGAGAUUUUUAUGCACAAAACAUGUGCAAUUGAAGUGUGGUUGAAUGAAUACAGAUUAUUUGUAUAAGCUUUGCGUUUAUGUUUAUAAAACAGUAUUUUGACACAGUAUUUUCCUUUCAGAGACUCUCUGUGGUCUGUCACAAUAUCCUGCAUAAAUUUUGGUUAAUAUCAGUAAGGUCAGUUUAAUGAACAGCAAGCUGCAACAGCAAAACAUGAAGAUGAAUUAUGUAUUGCACCUUUGGUGAACAGGAUCUCUGUAGAGAUGGGGUCACAUGAAAUGAAAACACUUAUGAAAUAUGCAGCUCAUCUACCAGGAAUAACCAUGCUGUUAAAAUACCUCUAAACCCAUCACUACUGCUACUACAAGCAAGGCUAACUUCACUGACAAGCGGCGGUCGGUCAGUCGGUAUAGUUCGCUUGCAGACUAAAGCCACAGAGUUUUUUUGUUUGUGCUGCUAGCAAGGCUUAUACAUAUAAUGCAUCACUGAUAAGCAGCAGUUAUUAAUUUAAGUUGCACAAUUUACUGAGUUUAUUUAAUAACUGUUGUUACAUGUCUAAUUAAAGUAUAUUUGUAUCAUAUAAGUAUGAACAUAUUUUUAUAAGAAAGUGAUUAUUGAUUAGUAACACAUUAUCUUUUAAUUUUUUUAGUGUCUUUUUCUGAUCUUAAAUAUCCUCAGUAAUUGAUAUUUAGUGCAUUUUUUAACAUUUAAUAUUAUAUUGUGCCUAAGGGACCAGUGAUGUAUCUUCAGAAUUCAAAAUUCAGAUUCUCAGGAAAGAUAUUUCCAUGUUGUUGUUUGAAGCAUAGCUUUUAUAUUGAUAGCAUCAGCUCAGUAAUAAUUUUAUUUUAUAUUGGAAUGUACAGUAAUUCUCUAUUAAGUCAGAUUAUUUUUUUCUACUGUGUAUUAUUUCUAAGCAUUCCCUGACUGAAGGAUUGCCAAGCUGCAAGAUGUAAGAUAAUAGAAGAAUUGGCUCAGGGCAUACAUACUGCUGUUGAGUUGAAACUUGCAUAUAUUCCUGUACUUGAAGUUUGUUUUGUAAUUGAUAGCUGUUACUGUUUCAUUUACAUUAACAUUUGUGUUCUUUGUCAUUCAUCUCUGAUUAUAUCUCAUAAUUGAUAAUCAUUUUAUAUGUAUAUAUUUCAUUUUUAAAAUAAAUAAUUUAAAUCAUUAUCUAAA